UGCAAGCAGUGUCAACAAAAACUGUUUUCGAGCAGGUUGGAUACCAAAAUAUUCCUUUGCAGCGUGCUACUAGUAAUCCGAUUUUUGGAGAAAGUUCAACAGCCAAUAAUCGAAGCGAUAUCUUCAGAGAACUUUGUGCACAAAGUUUCACUCCUAUUCACCCAGUUAAAAGAAGAGACCACAACAACAGCUUUCACGCGCACAAGAUGUUCGCUACAACACCAAUUUUUGUGGUUUCGCUGCUGCUGGUGGCUGCUGCUCCUCUGCUUGCCUUUACAGCAACUGAUUGCUCCGAGGUACCUGGAUGCUUGAACGAGUAUGAGUGGAAGCACGAAGCGACACCCGCAGAAGCCACAACAUUUUGCAAGGAGAGGUACCCAACCUGCCAAAAUAUUGACGCAAGAGACAUGAAACUGUAUUGCAAGCAAGUCCUCCCGUUGUGCCAGCUUUUCGUCUACGGCUACAUUGGAAUGACGACUGAAGGCCACGAAGAAGCCGAUGCUUACUGCACCAAACGCAUGCCUCGUUGUUAUUCGAAAAAGCAAUAAAUAAUCUCAAAACCA